AUGAAUAUUCGACAAAUCUUAUUUUGUUGGAAUGCAUUAGCAUUGAUGCUUAGUCCUACACUGGCACAAGAGCUGUCCACAAUGUCCUCCUCUAGAUAUCUCUCAGUGAAUCAAAAAAGAAAACUAUUGCAAGCAUAUUACAAUGAAGUUUCAAAAUAUAUUCUAUCCCCGGUGGAGGAGAAUCCUACAUCCAAACAGGAACAGAGUUAUGAAAAUACACUCGCAAGCUUGAAGUUAAAACUCAAGAAGCUGGAUGCUAAUGACAACAUAGGACGCCAGUUUAGAAAAAUUUUCAAGUAUAAUUGUCUUUUGAAUAAGCCAAAACUAAGACAGGCUAUGGUAACUAAUAAACACGACAGCUGUGAGGCGAUUGACAUGCUUUUAUAUAGAUUUUACAGACGAGAUGCUGAAAAAUAUUUUGGAGCUUUGGCUAAAAGUGAGAAGAUAAAGAAAAAAGACAGCUUUCUACAUACUUUCAAGUGCCUCAGUUAUUUUCAUAGAGUUUUUUAUAAAAUUUCUCAAAAGAGUCGCGUAGAGAUUGACCCCAAAACGGACCAUCUAUCUACUGAGAAUCUUCUUAUGAGAAUUGAGGGUAUUUACUACCCAGCAUAUCAUAAAACUAGUACUUUUUCAUCAGAAAAGGCCCCUGAUUACUUUGAUGGUUUGAUGAAGUUAGUAAUUGAUUUUAACAAAACGGCAGAUGUAACAGUCACAAAGGAUAACAAGAAAGAACAAUCCACACUAAGCUCCCACUUUAUUAACGAAACUGAUAGGUUUUUGAGGAAAUUUAGAGGUAUUAGCAAAAAGAUACUUCAAUCCGUGACUUUCACUAGCGCUAUUGAUAAAUUUAAAGUACAGUUGUAUCUUGAACUUAUACACGAUAGAAUCGAUGUUGCCUCAAUUGGAUUUGAGUUAAUAUUAUCAAAUGAUCAGCCUCAAGACAGGGAGGAUUUUGUGGAGACAAUUCUAAACUAUAUUUCAAAAGUAUUCAUUUUUUCAUUAUUUGAUUUCAUCGAUCAGGACCAGUUUAAUAGUAUGGUUUCAAGAGUUGUUAAAGGAGAUGAGUCAGCAACUAAAUGUGUUGAUAGUUUUCUGGAUGCGGUAAACAAUGAUACAGUCCUUUCUAGAACCAGUGAUUUGGGUAUUCAAUACUGGAUACCCAGUCAAGCGGAUAUUGUUAAAGUCUUCAAAACUCAACAAAGUGAUUUGUUGAAGGCUGGAGACACUCCAAAAGGUGCAGUGGCCACAUUUGGUGGCUAUGUUACAGAGCCGAUUAAGCGUGGUGCAAGCUACGUGGGCAGUUUUUUUGAUUUCAAGGGAAUACUUACGACUCCAGAUGAUAAGGAGUUGGAAGGUCUUGAUAGGAACGAAGUAAGGAGGGAAAUGGAAUUUGCAAUUGAAUUUAUUCGGGAGAAAGAAGAUGAUUUCUCAACUGAAGAGGAAUACAACCCUGAGGAAAAGACUACUUCGGACUUUGGUAGGAAAAAGGCCUAUUCAUUAAUGCAGAAAAAGGCCAUUCUUGAACAGAUUGUUGAAAAAUUGAAGGCUGAAGAAAGAGUUGUUUUUGAAGGAUAUUCCAAGGCUGCCUCGUUGUAUUAUGAUUUUCAAAAGAUCUUUCGAAUGAUUUUAGACCAGGAUGUUGACCCAUCUUCACUGAAGAGAUUGAUUAUUGUCUCAAGUGGGGCAAUAACAAAUGAUUUUUUGAAUGAGAUAAAUGAUGAAUUGGUGACUAGAAAGGUGCAGAGACAGAACGUAGUAUACUAUAUGUAUAGUUUCUCUGAAAAGCUUUUGCGAAUAUUUAAAAACAGCAGAAGAAGCUUCAGUAUGAGUUUUGAAGCAUUUCUCAAGCAUUGUUGCAGUUAUCUGAAAUCGGCUGAUAAGCCUAAUGUACAAAUAGAAAGUGAUGGUGAAAGUCAUAGUUCGUUUUUGACCUUCCUUAAAUAUAAUUCAGUGUUCUUGCUAAUAUUGUGCCUUGUACUACUUUUUAUAAGGUACUCACCUAAAUCGCUUGAUGGAGAUGAAUCUAGCAAAAGACCCAGUAGACGUAGAAGAGUUAGAACAUAG